AUGGCCUCCGACUCUUCCCGCCUCGUCGCGCUCGCGGCAUUGGCGGUCCUGUGCCGCUCUCUGCUCGGCCUAGCCUCCGCGGCGGACGGCGGGGAGGCGCGGGCGCUGCUGGCGCUCAAGGCGGCGCUGGACCCGACGGGCCGCCUGCUGCCGUCGUGGGCGCGCGGGCGGGACCCGUGCCGGUUCGAGGGCGUCGCGUGCGACGGCCGCGGCGCCGUCGCCAACGUCUCGCUGCAGGGGAAGGGCCUGGCGGGGACGCUGCCCCCGGCCGUCGCGGGCCUCCGCUCCCUCACCGGCCUCUACCUCCACUACAACGCGCUCCACGGCGCCCUGCCCCGGGAGCUCGCCGCUCUCACCCGCCUCACCGACGUCUACCUCAACGUCAACAACUUCUCCGGGCCCGUCCCGCCCGAGAUCGGCGCCAUGGCCUCGCUGCAAGUUCUGCAGCUGUGCUACAAUCAGCUGACGGGGAGCAUCCCCACGCAGCUCGGCCUGUUGACCAAGCUCACCGUGCUGGCCCUGCAGUCCAACCACCUCAAUGGCGCCAUCCCGGCCAGCCUCGGCGACCUGCCCGAGCUCAUGCGCCUGGACUUGAGCUUCAACCACCUCUUCGGCUCCAUCCCGGUCAGGCUCGCCAGGCUGCCUCGCCUCGCGGCUCUCGACGUCAGGAACAACUCGCUCACCGGCAGUGUGCCCUCCGAACUGGCGAGGCUGGAGGGCGGAUUCCAGUACGGGAACAACGCCGAUCUCUGCGGAACCGGGCUACCCGACCUCCGGCCGUGCACAUCCUCGGACCUCAUCGACCCCGACAGGCCCCAGCCGUUCAGCGCCGGCAUCCCGCCGCGGACCAGCUCCGACGGAGGCCACGGGCAUUGCACCGGAACCCACUGCCCGCCUUCCACGAAGGCGCUCGCCGCCGUCGUCGUCCUCGCGGUGAUCCUCCUGGCGGCGACGGCGGCCGGUCUCCUCGCCUUCUCAUGGCUCCGGUGGCGCAAGCAGAGAACGGCCGCGGGCUUGCCGCCGCUGACAGCCGUCGGCGGCCGGUGCAGCACCGAGGCGACGACAAUGAAGGAGUCGUCGUUCCGCAAGAGCGCGUCGUCCACGCUGGUGAGCCUGGAGUACUCCAGCGGCUGGGACCCGCUGGCGGACGGGCGGAGCGGCGUCGGGUUCUCGCAGGAGGUGUCGCCGAGCCUCCGGUUCAACAUGGAGGAGGUGGAGUCCGCCACGCAGUACUUCUCGGAGCUCAACCUCCUGGGCAACAACAAGAGCUCCAACUCCAAGGGCAGCUUCGCGGCCACGUACAGGGGCACGCUGCGCGACGGCACGCCCGUCGUCGUCACGCGGCUCGGCCAGACAUGCUGCAAGCAGGAGGAGGCGGAGUUCCUCAAGGGGCUCAAGCUGCUGGCCGAGCUGCGGCACGACAACGUCGUGGGGCUCAGGGGCUUCUGCUGCUCCAGGGCCAGGGGGGAGUGCUUCCUGGUGCACGACUUCGUGCCCAACGGGAGCCUGUCGCAGUUCUUGGACGUCGACGGCGGCGGCGCUGGCCAUGGCGGACACGUCCUCGAGUGGUCCACGAGGGUGUCCAUCAUCAAAGGCAUUGCUAAAGGAAUUGGAUAUCUUCACAGUAGCAGAGCAAACAAGCCUCCUCUUGUUCACCAAAGUAUAUCGGCGGACAAAGUUCUGGUGGAUUACACCUACAAGCCACUGAUAUCCGGUUCUGGCCUGCACAAGCUCCUCGUCGACGACCUGGUCUUCUCGACCCUCAAAGCGAGCGCCGCCAUGGGGUACCUUGCCCCUGAGUACACCACCGUCGGCCGGUUCUCGGAGAAGAGCGAUGUCUAUGCGUUCGGGGUAAUUGUGUUCCAGAUACUCACGGGUAAAAGGAAGACGAUGCAGCUGCCUUUCGACUCCGCUAGCGUCGAUGAGCUCAUUGACGGUAACCUUAAAGGAUGUUACUCAGCAACCGAAGCGGCUAAACUGGCAAAGAUUGCAUUAGUCUGCACCAGUGAAAACCCUGACCAAAGACCCACGAUGGAAGAGCUGCUACAAGAAUUGGACACCUUGUGAUGGAUGGGCGUGCAAUGUAACCUUUUUUGCCUGCCACAUGCCUGACAGUGCUGCCCAAUGCCUGUAAUCUACUUAUCUAGGAUCACUAAUCGCUGAUCUUAGAAGCAAAUGAGGUACCAAUUAAUUACCCAGGAUCGAUCCUGAGAUAUUGUAUUAUGCUAAUCUUGUAUUGUUACUGUUGCUGAGUAAAGCCUACGUUGA